UAUGAUUACAGAAUCAAGUGCGGACAACCUAUCAUAUGUCAAGGCUUAACGUGUCUGAAAGAAUGUUUGACCGAUUUUUUUUUCUCGAAAUCCGCUUCGGAACCGAUGAUAUAAAGUGCAAAAACUUCACACCGAUUCGGCAUAAACGUUUUGAAUCGAAAUCGAGACAUCCCAGACCUAAAACGAGCACGUUUUGCCUGAUUGAACUAGGAACCAUUGGCAGAUUGAGACUUGAAUCGGAAUUGGAACCGUCGUCCAGAUUGAACCAGCAGCCUACUAUACUACUCGCAAUACUCACUUCGCAGCUAAUCGUCACCAAAUUAUUGCCAAAAAAUAUACAGCAUUUGCAGCGAAACUUGGAGCUUGAGAUCUUUCAACUAUUCAAAAGAUACAUCUCUUUCGUGAUUGUGACUUCGCAAAUUGGCAGCAUGUAUCCCCAAACGAUCGUCAACACGUUCACCAACCUGAUUUUGGCGGCAACGCUUUUAUCUUGCAUCUUAUCCUCCUUGACGAACGCGUGCCCUCCCAAGGGGAACCCGCAAUUGUCGACACCCAGGCCAGGAGACCGUGGAUUUGGAACAUUUAGAUUUCGUCGCGAGAUUGGCGUGGGUGAGGAGGACGACAAAACAUUGAUAUCAACACCGGCAUCAAUCAUGAUGGACGAGCUCGUUCGUGUACUCGAACAGGAAAUCGAUGUCGACGAAGUGUCCGUCAUCGAAUGGACACUCGAGGGCCAUUCAGUUAGUGAUUUCUGGAAGCUUUUAAACAUCUACGACAAAGAUGGUAAUGAUCGGAUUUCAAGAUCUGAGAUUGUGCAAGUACAAAAUGAGUUGAGUAAAGUGCGUGUCUGAAUCGCAGUCGGGACUUCUUGAUUGCACGGAUAUAAAAUCCGAAAUUUAAUAUUUUUCGCUUCAUUUAUGAAGAUUUACGAAGCUCGUGUACUCAGAUAAUGACACAUUGGACAUGGUGUAUUUUCAGAUGCCAAAGAUACGGACAACUAAGGGAAUUACAUUCAUUGCUUGUUUUAUAGCUAAUCCUACUUCCAUUUUGUUUCGACGACCCAUACGACCUCCAUCAUAACAAGAACAUGCAGGUCCCCUGAAUGCGGAGUGAAGGAAGAACACUUUGAUUAAGGAUAUCUUAUUUUUUAGUUGAAUCCAUUCCAAAUUAUUGUGAAAAUGAACACCAAAGCAGUGUUUGAGAGUUGAUUCCACUUCAAACUUUUUUUCUUCAUGUAAAUGAGAUGUAACUGUCAAAACUUCCUUUAGCAGGUUUUUAUUAUUUUUAAAGUAUGUUUUGCUGUCGACACGCAGCCAGAUGGUGCGUUUGUGCAUGCAUGUGUGUGCGUGUGCACAUGGGGGGGGGGGGGGGGGGGGUGAGGGUGAGUAAUAGAUAGACUGUUUAUUAUUUUCUCUGUGGAGGGAGGUUAAUCACUAGUCAGGCAAAACGUUGUUUAUGUUUCUUUUUCUUUUCUUUAUUCUUCUAUUCUUACUUAUGCUUGUUCUUCUUCUCUUUCUUUUUUUCCUGUUCCAUUAUUUCCUCCUUCUUCAUCUUCUCCUUCCUUCACGUUUUCCUAAUCUUUCUUUACUAUGAUAUACCAACAUUUACAAUUUCAACUUUCAACUUAUAAAUUCAAAAAAUAUUGCAUAUUGCAAAUUCAAACUGCAUCAAAUAUUGAAUUUAUAUUUCCCAAUUUAUUUUAAAUGUCUGUAAAAAUGUAUUUAUGUCAUUUUAAAAUGAAUAUAUGUAAACUCAUCGCUAUUUUGUUAUGCCGCAAUGAUGUUUUUCAUUAAUAAACCAUUUAUCUAUAUCUACAUGUAUCUAUCAAUAUGAUGUGAUCCCCCAAAGUGGAUUUCCGGUCCGGGACCUAAAUAUUCAGCCAGUAUAUGACAACCACAUCACGCAGUAUAGUGACCGAGAUCGUUAGCCAUAAAAGUGUAUGUCAAUGAAGGUCCGAAGUUUACUGAUUUAAAGCAGUGGCAUAGCUGUAAGGGGGUACUGGGUAGAGGGGGGGGGGGGGGGUCAGAUGUUUACCAAAAAACACAGAAGAAAUGUGACAAAAUGAGGAAAUAGAGAAAAGGGAAGAAGGGGAAAUUAAUCGUGACAAGAAGAUGAUUCAACACUUCUUAUUCCCUAAUCAACGGCCUUGUUAACUCAUCCAUUGAGUUAAACCAUGCCACUUAAUUAAGUCAGUGCCCACUAAAUGUCUAGACCACGCUAGGUUAUGUGUACAUUUUGAAACUAAUUUUGUAAGCUCUCUUAUUUCUUAAAUUCCUGUAUACGGACAUGAUGGAAUAAUAUCAUGUCAUAGCAAUGUCUCAUGUGGUUGUAUAGAUAAGUUCUUGCUUUUAAGUCAUUUUGAUGUCACAUUUUUGUGAAUAACUAGUAGUUCCAUGUUGUCAUAACCCUACAGUGCAAGCAAUUUAAUGUUUGAGAUUUUAAGCCUUAUCGAAUUACGUUGAUAAAAGUGUGAUGAUUUCGAACCCGGCUGCGUUGUCUCUCUCUCCAUACCAAGGUAACUAAAUUAAUAGUUGAUUAGAAAAAUAAUCAAUUGCCAUGAGCAGUCAGUAUUUAUUAUAGCUGUUUAUAUUUCGCAACCAGUCAAAUAUGAGUGUAUUGCUUGUAACAAUUAGAAAGAAAUCUCCAAUUAUUGGAAGUUAAAGGUGCAUUAUAUUUAUGAAUUUACACGCAAAAUAGUCUUUAUUUUGAGGCAAUAUGAAAUAACUUUGUUGUCACGAGGGCAUUUGAGCAUCACUUGUUUAGUGGCCCACAUCAUGUGCAUGUUGAACGCCGGAGGCGAGGUGAUUUUGGAGCUAAAUUGAGAGCCAACACGUCACGAAUAUACGCGCUUUAAAAGCUUAGAUUAUAAUUGAAAAACUGAUCAGUUUUAAUACUAUCGAUAAACUAAACAGUUAUAAUACAUCUCUUGUUUUGUUAGCAGUACUACGAAAAUAAUGUUAUACAUGAUGUUUUUGGAUACUUCUUAUGUAUAUAUAUUUAUUGUAUUCAUGUAAAGAAACCUAACAGGAAAACAAAAUGAAUUGAUAACUUAGGAAUAAAACUGUAAUGUAGAGUUGCAUAAUAAAGGCAUUUUUGUAAUUAAA